AUGAAGGCUCUGCGCCAGUCACUGCUCCAGGACUUCUUCCGCAAGUCCGCCAAAACCGAAGUGAUCACCCUUGACGACGACACCGACGAGGAUGUGCCCGUUAAACCGAAGCCGUCGCUUAAACCGGACCCAGCUGCUACGCGCGCUAGCAGACGCGACCCUCGCACGCUGAGCAUAUUAAGCUAUGGGUCAGCGCUGGGAUUCGAAGAGGACGACGACGGGUUUGCCGAUACCCUGGUGGAAUUGGUGACCUGUGGCGAUGCCGUGCUUCAAAAGGCACUCCAAACAUCCACUGAUGCUCCCCCGGCUCCUGUGAAACGGACGCUGCUGGCAAUGGAUAGCUGGUUUACACCCGUGGCAAAACGGCGCCCCAAACCCGUGGUAAGGUCUGGUUCGCCGCCAUUGGCAGCACUGGCAGCACUGGCAAUGACUCUGCUCACUCCGGAGCAGCACCAGGUGAUGCAAGCAGUGCUUUCCGGGGUACUGGUAUUCUACACGGGCUCCGCAGGCACGGGGAAGUCGGUGGUGCUCCGCCACUUGGUGAGUCUGCUACGGUCCAAAUUCGGCGAAGGUUUAGGCGUGUGUGCGCUGACGGGGAUGGCGGCGUGCAAUAUUGGCGGCAUGACCCUCCACAAGCUUUUUGGCAUCGGCACCGGCCUGGGGCUGGUGGGCGACCUUGCCAACCGCAUCCAGAAGAACCGGUUUUCUCGGCUUACUUGGCAGAAGCUUAGAGUGGUGAUUAUCGACGAAAUAUCGAUGAUUGAUGGCGAUUUGUUUGAUAAGCUUGAGGCGGUGGCCCGUGUGGUCAGAGGCAACAACCGUCCCUUCGGCGGCAUCCAGGUGGUGUGUCUGGGUGACUUCUUCCAGUUGCCGCCGGUGCUGAAGGAUAAGCGGGCCAAGUUUUGUUUCCAGGCGGAGACGUGGCCGCAAGUGAUCAAGCAGAAGAUUGUCCUCCGCAAGAUCUGGCGGCAGCGGGACCUGGAACUCAUCGAGAUGCUUAACACGGUGAGAAUGGGGCGUGUUGAUGCCACCACCACCCGUAAGUUUACCCUGUUGGCCCGUCGUGUGGUUUAUGAUGACGGUAUUGGCCCCACUGAGCUCUUCCCCACCCGACAAGAGGUCCACCGAGCCAACCAGGCCCGUUUGGCUCAGCUUCCAGGAGACGUGGAGGAGUACGUCGCCCAGGACUACGUGCCCCACCCGCUGUUGGCCGGUCAACUAGAGCACUUUAUGGCCGAGAAAGUGUUGCGGCUUAAACCUGACGCCCAGGUAAUGUGCAUCAAGAACAUCUCUGACGAGAUCGUCAACGGGCUGGUGGGUACGGUGGUGGUAUUUUUGACGGCUCCCUUAUGGCACAAAGUGCUUGAAUACUGGAGCGAGGACGAUAUUAUGAGCCAUCAAAAGGAGUUGCGUUUGGUACUGAAGAGAAUUGGCGAUAAACACCGGUUUUCUCCUCAAGAUACCGAGUACUACCAUUUGCUCAGUGGCGAGACGAAACGGAUUGUCGAUGUGUUGCUCUCGCUCGCGGUGGUGGACCUGAACGAGCGGAUGCCGGUGGUGGCGUUCAGAACGCCGCGGGGUUCCAGUCUCCAUUUGAUUGAGCCGCUUGAGUUCACCGUUGACUCGACGUCCAACGCUAACAAAGUCGUACGCACCCAGUACCCAUUGAUCUUAGCGUGGGCGAUGUCUAUCCACAAGAGUCAGGGCCAGUCGAUUGAGAGAUUACGCAUUGAUCUCCACAAGAUCUUUGAAAUGGGCCAAAUCUACGUGGCGUUGUCGCGGGCCACCAACAAGGAUACGCUCGAAGUGCUCAACUUUGAUGCCCGCAAAGUGAAAGUGUCGCCCGAAGUGAUCGAUUUUUACAAGUCGUUGACCGCAUAG